CCGGCGGCCUGAAACUGGUCCGGCCUCACUGCCGGGCCGGAGGGAUACCGCUCCAAUCAGGAUGUGCAUCUGCAGGGGAUGGGUCACGCGUACACUCGGAUGAAGCCGCGAGAAUGGAAGUGGCUGGAUGUGGCGACGAGGUUGAGCGUUGACAGAGAGGCAGAUCGGUGCGGGAAAAACUGGGACAAUCUGAUGCAGCAGUUCAAGAAGGAUGUCGAAGGGCUUCAGUUUCAAUAUGGAUCGUGCGGUUUACGACGAGAUACUGGGUCGACCGCCAAGAACCACACCAUAAACCCGAAGAACGUCGCCGACAUUGGUGCUCAGGGUGGUGUGCGUCUGUCGUCCUCCUCUUCUGCGGAUCUUGAAUCUGUGGACGACGACGACGGGUCCACGAAAGGUUCUUCGCAGACGACGGGUGCCGCAGGCGGUUUCGGCAAGAGGAAGAGCACGAGGCAGCAAUAUUUUGAGGCAAUGACUGAAUGCAUGGAGAAGCACGGGGCGCUAAUGACGUCGACGAUGGAGAGCAACAACAAGCGUCACUGCUCCAUCGCCAUACGACAGUGCGAGGCGCUCGAAGCGGAGGUCGAAGUGCAGAAAAAGCACUACGCAGCGUCAGACGAAGUCAACAAGCUUAUAUGCCACGCCUUGCUGGAGAUAGCGAAGGCCAUCGCCAAGCGUUAGACUUCGUGCCGCCUCUGUUGUGCUCUCAAAUCG